AUGGCUGCCGUCCACGAGAUCACCGAACGUACUAGCCAAAUCGCCAUAGAUCCUUCGUCCCAGGCCCCCGCGACCAAGCCCAUAACCGCAUUUUCGCCCUCUUUCCAGACCCGCCUGGACCAAAUAUACAGCUCGUUGACGUCGACAAGCUCCAACUUCAUCAAGGACAUCCAGCAUGAUGUACACGACACGAGUGAUAAUGAUCCGCUCAGCUCCUUGGCGGCGUUUCAUGCCUACAUGGCUAGCUCUUCAGCAGCUGCGUUGCGUACCGCCAGCCCGCCAGACGACUCUGCGCCGAUCACAGACUAUUAUAUCUCCUCGAGCCAUAAUACGUACUUGACUGGGAACCAACUGUACAGCGAUGCAGCUGCGACGGCUUACACCGAUGCCCUACUAAGUGGAUGCCGAUGCGUCGAGAUUGAUGUCUGGGAUGGAGAGCCCGACUCUGACAGCGACGACGAUGGUACAAGCAGCAGCAGCAGCUCAGGCUCCGAUGACGAGAAGAGCAAAGACAAGCCCAAGAUACCGAAACGGAAGAGGACGGUCAAGUCCAAGCUAGGCAGCUUAUUUGGAAGAAAAUCGCCAUCCAGCGAGCCACCUGCAGAUGAGGGCAAAGUUCCGGGCCCUGCGAACGUAGGACUGAUACGGUUAGAGCCCAAAGUGCUCCACGGUCAUACGCUUACGAAGGGGACGACAUUCCGGGAAGUGUGCUACGCUAUUCGUGACAGUGCGUUUGUCGUCAGCGAUCUACCUGUUAUCGUCAGUCUAGAAGUGCAUGCUUCGCUCGAGCAGCAAGAGAUCAUGGUGGAGAUCAUGGAGGAUGCGUUCAAAGGGUUGCUGAUCCAAGUCACGCCGGAGAUGGAGGCCAUGGAGACGCCGCCACCUCUUAGGGAUUUGAAGCGGAAGAUCCUGGUAAAGGUCAAAUGGGUUCCACCCUCUGCUGAAGGCGAGGAAGACGUAGAUGACCGCACAGACGACCUGGAGCAACUGGCGCCGAGCAAGUCAGCAGGUGCAUCUGCCCAAACUGCUUCACAAGCUCCUGCAAAGCCGGCAAAGAUUCUCCACUCUCUAAGUCGGCAUGCGAUUUUCACCAAGGGCUUCAGCUUUAGGCAAUUCAGUCAACCCGAGGCCAAAGUUCCCGGCCACGUAUUUUCCCUCUCAGAGCGAGCAGCCCGCCAGGCCGACGAGAAAUACGGCAAAGAGUUAUUCGAGCACAACCGCAAGUACUUCAUGCGCAUCUACCCCUACGGCCUUCGUGUUAACUCCUCCAACCUUGACCCAACUUUCUUCUGGCGUCGCGGCGCACAGAUCGUGGCCCUGAACUGGCAGAACUCGGACAAGGGCAUGAUGCUGAACCAGGGAAUGUUCGCAGGAGAACAAGGCUGGAUUCUUAAGCCUCAAGGUUAUCGAAGCACAGAACCAGAGUCUGCGCCUAUUACUCGUCGGACUGUCGACCUCUCAAUUGAGGUUCUAGCGGGCCAGGACCUGGCUCUACCUCCGGGAGACAAGAAUGAAAAGGGAUUCCACCCUUAUGUAGCUUGUUACCUGCACGUGGAAACGCCGGAGGACGCGGCAAAUUCUGACCUCAAGGGCGACGACAGCACUGAUUCCGAGAAAACGAGCUACAAGCGCGUCAUCAAAUCCGCGGAGGGCAGCAACCCGGAUUUCGGCUCUCAGGUUCUCCAAUUCCCGACUCUUUCCGGCGUCGUUGAGGAUUUGACCUUUGUCAGGUUUAAAGUUAAGGACGAUGAGAUUGGACGCGACUCGUUAGCCUCCUGGGCCUGUAUCCGAUUGACCCGGUUGCAAGAGGGAUACCGCAUAAUUCGUUUGUACAAUUGUGAUGGAUCGGAUUCAGGUGGUUUCCUUCUUGUUCGGAUCACCAAGACCAUCUCAUGA